CGUCUGUUGGUUAGCUUUCAAGGCAGACUUGAAGGCUGCUUGUGUUUGUGGUAGCUUGAAGUGGUCGGUCGUUCGAUGGGAUUGUCGUGAGUUUUUAGUGUUUCAAAGUGUGGAAUCAAAUAAGUGGAAUACUGGUGGUUGACUAUAAAGGUAUGCUGUAAUAAUUUCACUUGGAGUGAAGAAGUAUAUAAUUUCGUAUUGGUCCCACCUCCAGCCCUGUGGUAACUACCGUGGAAGCGGUUUUAGACAAACGAAUCUACCGGUGCGAACAUGACAGAUGUGAGCGAGGCGGAUGUUCCGCCCCAGACAAACGGUUUUGGAGCGGAGGAGGAAGAUGACAGAACCAAGAUGCGGCCAGCAGAUAUUGAUGCGGACAUGAGAGAGAUGGAGAGGCGGAAACGUGUCGAGAUGAUCAUGAGCAGCCGGUUAUUCCGAGAGGAGCUGGAGAGGAUCAUCGAAGUUCAGCUGAAGGACGGCAACGGUCCAGCCGGCCUGCUCCAGCAGAUUUCGGACAUGAUGGGCAUCCAGGGUGGGCGUCUCCAGUCUACCAACUUUUUCAAAACUUCGAACUGUGUGGUGCCAAUCAAUGACAUCCGAGGAGUGGAGAGUAUGGGUUACGCCAAGGGUGAGAAGAUCCUGAGAUGUAAACUUGCCGCUGUGUACAGACUCAUGGAUCUUUACGGCUGGACACAGAAUAUCUACAAUCACAUCACUGCCAGAUUAAACCAAGACCAGGAGCAUUUCCUAGUGAACCCUUUUGGUAUGCUAUACCACGAGAUCACUGCGUCCAGCCUGGUAAAGGUGGACAUGCAGGGGCAGGUGGUGGAGCAGGGCACCACCAACUUCGGUGUCAAUGUGUCUGGUUUCCAGCUGCACGCGGUCGUACAUGCGGCCCGGCCUGACAUAAAGUGUAUCAUCCAUCUACACACGCCUUCCGUCCUUGCUGUGUCGUCGUUGAAAUGUGGUCUGCUGCCCCUCUGUCAGGAGUCUAUAGUGAUAGGAGAAGUGAGCCAGCACCCCUAUCUGGGUUCUAUCCAUGAGCCCGAGGAGAAGGAGAAACUGGCUCGAGAUCUCGGACCUCUCAAUAAGGUCAUGUUUCUGUCCAACCAUGGUGCGUUGUGCUGUGGUGAGACAAUCGAAGAGGCAUUCUACAAUGUUUACAACACCGUACUAGCUUGUGAAACACAGUUGAAACUGAUGCCUGUUGGCAUAGAGAACCUUCAGUUGAUUCCAGAUGAGACAAGGAAACAGAUUUACGACGCAGCAAGAAAUGCUCCAGAAGGCACUGCCCCCCCACCAUCACAAAUUGACAAGAAGGAGAAACGUUUCAGAAUUGGUGGUCUGGAGUAUGAAGCACUGAUGCGAAUGCUUGACAAUGCUGGCUUCAGAACUGGUUACAUAUACAGACAACCACUGGUGAAGGGUGACCCUCCCAGACCACGUAAUGAUGUUGAGGUACCUCCUGCAGUUUCUUCUCUGGGCUAUUUGCUUGAGGAAGAAGAAAUGUACAAACACGGGAACUGGAAGAAGUACGCUGAUGGGCGCAAGAGUAACGACCGAACCCGAUGGCUCAAUUCACCAAAUGUCUACCAGAAAGUGGAGAUCCUGGAGACUGGGACUCCAGACCCAAAAAAGAUCACUAAGUGGGUGGAAGCAAACGCAGAAGAGUGGGUGGCUGACGGGUCGCCACAACACAGCAGUACGCCGGUCAAGAUAGACAAUGCGCUUCAGUUCGUACCCAAGAACACCAAUCCCAAGGAGUUUAAGAAAGUGCAACAGUUGAUUAAGGAGAAUAGAAGAGCAGACAAAAUUACCUCAGGUCCACAGUCGCAUAUAUUGGAAGGAGUUUCGUGGGAAGAGGCAAAAAAAUUACAGGAUGCCAACAUCAGUCAGACAGGAGACCAAGUGAUUCUGGUAGGAGCAGCCAGCAAGGGUAUCAUACAAAGAGGGUUCCAACACAACGCCACUGUCUACAAAGCACCCUAUGCCAAGAACCCCUUUGACGCUGUUUCGGAUCAGGAGCUUGAGGAUUACAAGCGUGUUGUCACCCGAAAACAGCGAGGAGAAUCCUCUUAUGAUGAGGACCAGAGUGAGAGUGAAGCAUUAUCAUCAUCUGCUGCCUUACCACCCACCGGCAUCAAGUCGCCAGCCAGUGAAACUGAGGAGGAGAGUCGUGACGAGCCCCGAGUGCUACGAAUAGAGACGAAGCAAGUACCCCGGCCUAGCCAAGCUGAAGUUGUUCUUAGUGAUGAAGGGGACUCCCUGGAAACUGAUAUACCACCUGCCCAAAUGCAACGGUCCAAAUCCUCACGCUAUCCAGAAAGAGAAUCUGUCAACCAGCUGAGCCGUUCCAACUCACUUGGCCGCAACCAACAGGCCAAUAAAGGAGAGAACACAUACAAUGGCGACCACUCAGACGCGCACCAGAGCACCUUCUCCCAUAGCAGUAAAGAGGUAAGCUAUGGCUCACCGACAAAAGAUAUUUCAACGGAAGAGUCACCUAAAAAAGAUAAAAAGAAGAAGAAGGGACUGAGAACUCCAUCGUUUCUCAAGAAAAAGAAAGAAAAGAAAAAGAUUACCGAAGCAUAAGGUAAUACUGCCAACAUUCUCAUCAUCGUAUCGACUCUGAAGCAGAAGAAUGUCACUGCCGGUGUCAUGUAUUGCGGGCCAACGUAGGUGCUUUUAGGGUUCGUGUUUGCUGCUUGAACUUAUUGCUGCACACAUUUCAAAGGAAGGAACAUUGCGCAAGCUUGUUGAUGUACAGGACAGUGAUUCAAGUUUAUGUGCAAGAACAUGUCAUUGCCUUUGCCAGAAAAUUCUCUCAAUCGCAAAGCUAAAAUUAGAAAUUAAUUAAUUGAUAACGGAGUUUUUAUUUUAAAUAAAUGCUUUUUCUAUUAAGUUUUAUAACACUAGCAAAUUGUUGUUUGCGAUAAUUUUUAAAGAUAUAUUGUAAAUCUAUUUUAAAGUGUGUAGAAGUGAACGUGUGAGAGUUGUGCAGGGAAGCACAAACCUGUCAAGUAAUCUUGUUGCUGUGCAUGUCUUGAUGUCUACUCUCUAUAGUUAGUUAGUCACACUGUUUUUCAAAGUAAUUCAUUAUUUUUAAAAUGUUAUAAAAUUGCAAAUUAUAUAUAAAGAAAGCUUUACUGUAUCUAUGAGAUUUUUAAUAAUAUAUGUAUGUGAAUGUGAGACGAGUGCGUGAGUGUAUGAGGAGUGACUGGAACGCUUGUUUGCAAGGCGUCUACUUGGUUUUAAACACUUGAUUCUUGUACACUACUUAAUUGUAACAUUGUUUGAUAAUUAAAUUAUUCUAUUCCGAACGUAGAGUUGUAAGCCACAGUUGAAUCAAAACCAUUUUUGCUACAUAUUCACCGUAUCAUUCAUUCUACGUUAGUUUAUUUUUUAUCGUUCAGUUUUUCUGAGAGCAAAAUUAUGUCUUACAUCAGUUGUUGAAUUUAUUAGUGUAUUUCAUUUUAUUCUAAUUUAUAUUAUUGUUUAUUAUAUUUUAUGUAAUAUUUAUGUUGUUGUCAUUGAAUAAUGUAUUAUUUUAUUACUAUCUAUAUUUCAUUAUCUUAUGUUAAUAUUAUGUAAUAGAGCAUAAAAAGACAUAAAUUUGUUCUCAGACUCUUGUAAUAAAUGCAUAAAACUGAUUUGUUUUCAAUAAAACUCUGUUCAAAAGUUGAAACAAAUUAAA